AUGGCAGUCAUACUCAUCGUAGGAGCUACUCGUGGCUUGGGUGCUAGCCUCACCAAGAAGUACGCCGAAAAGAGCGAAAACACCGUCUACGGUACGACCAGAUCAUCCGAGGGCCCGAAAGACUCACCCUCUGGAGUCAAAUGGCUUUCUGAUAUCGACCUCAUACAAUCUAACGCUGGCCAGAAGCUGGCCAGUCUGCUAGACCCAGCUCAGCCAAUCGACUCGGUGAUCAUCACAGCUGGUUACUUUGCUACAGAAGACCUUACCUUGGAUAAAGGUCCGAAAUGGGAGGAAGAGCAGCGAAUGUAUACGACCAGCUCUAUUGCCCCCGUCUUUAUCGUCCAUCAGCUCGUCCACAAAGGUCUCUUGCGCAAGGGUUCCAAAGUGGUGCUUGUAUCUUCCGAGUCUGGCAGCAUCACUCUGCGACAUCCAAAGGAAGGGGGUGGCAACUACGCUCAUCACGCAAGUAAAGCGGCUCUCAACAUGGUUGGUAAGCUGCUUAGCUUGGAUCUUAAGGACCAGGGCGUCAUUGUCAGCAUCGUGCACCCAGGCUUUAUGCGAACUGAAAUGACAAAAGGCGUAGGGUUUGACAAGUUCUGGGAUGAUGGUGGAGCUGUGACACCAGACAAGGCGGCGGCGAGCCUCAUCAGCUGGAUUGACAGUCUUGAUAUUAGCAAAACAGGAGAAUACUGGGCACCGCGAGGACCGCGGGAUAUUGGGACUGCUGAGGUUGUGCUGGGCGAAGACUUAGCUACACCACUGCAUCUCCCGUGGUAA